CAAUAUAAUCUCUCCAUUGAUUAAAGUCGAUGUUCUGUCAGAAUUUUCUCCCUAAAGGACGACCUUCGUAGUGGGGUGAGCUAGUGAAUAAGGGAGAGGAAUACUGGCCGUCGACCCCGACGAUUUAGUUGCCUUACGAGCCGCAUAUAAGUCCGUUCGCGUUCUACCCUUACAUUCUCUCAAUUAAAAUUCUUUUCAUGUUUCUUUCAUUAAAUCUACCAUACUUCUCUGUGCAACGAAAAUGUCAGUGCGAGAAAUAGGAAAGGCGAAAUACAUAUUACUAGAUCGAUGACAGAAGGAAAGGAUGAGUUUACUUUAUUGAAAAUUGAUUCUCCUUCCUCUCACGUCGCCCUUUCGGGAGACCUUACAAUAUCUGUUGCAAAGGCCAAUGAAACUUUAGAAAAAACAAAGUACAAAUAUGAAUUCAUAGACGAGGGAAACAGAGAUGCUAAAUUGCCUGGAAAUAUUUCAAAUCAAUUCUUUCUGCUGAGAGUACUGUACCUUCUUGAAGACAUAUCAGAAUUGAUCGGUGAGAUUCAACUAAAACAAUUGCCUUUGGGAAAUGAAACUAUUUCAAUUAUUAUUCCCUGCGGGUAUUUCACCCGUGGCGGUGUUUACGCUCUACGAAUAGAAUAUAAAUACGAAAAUUCAUCAGUGCCUGUUGCCGCUUUCCAUCAGGUUGUUACAAAUAAAAUAUUAGAUGUAAAGUGGCCACUACCAACGAUAUUCUUGGAAUCUCAACAAAUUACUACCUAUCCGGACAAACCUGUCAAAGUCACAAUAAGAUACAAUGAAGUGAAUUGCAGUCCAUCUGAUAAUGUUCCUGUAGCUGUUUAUAUUUUCCAAUUGAUAUACUGUGGAUCUAGCGUAACUGCCUGUUAUUUGCAGAAUAAUACUUAUAUCCAAAUAUUAUAUUACGAAGAAAUAAGAGAUUUUUUACCAACAAAGACUAUAUUUUUCCGAUGCGAAUUGUUUGGAUUACCCGGUAAUUAUGCUGUGAGGUUAAGAUCUUCGAAUACUAAUCCUACAGCACCAAAUACCAGCGUGUAUUUUAAGGUGAAUUGGUCUGAAAAAUUUAAACUUACGGUUCAUGCAAGAUCGAUAUAUCCUUGCGAAGGGUCAGGAGGUGUCGCCGUCCUUUUCGAGUAUCCUUCGUGUCGAUUAGAAGGUGAUCGUGUUCGUGUUUAUGGUCGUUUGAAAGCUGACGUUACUUCCGUUGCUUCACCUUCCAGUCUUCAUUACAUUACAGAAUCUAAAUCAAUACAUGGCAAGCAUUCCUUGGCUUUCGAUUGCGAUAUUUUUACAGAAAAGUUUGUCGAAUAUUGUUUCAUCUAUGUCAGUCAGGCGAUCACAGGUGCUAUGGGGGAUGUUAAGAUAUCCUGCAUACCCACAUUUCCUUCCCAAGGCAGUGAUGCUGCGGGUUGGGGACCUUGGAGUCCAUGGAGUCCAUGUAGCAGCUCAUGUUUUGGAGGAAUUCGAAAUCGGUACCGCUUUUGUGAUACUCCACCUCCAAAAUAUGGAGCAAAAUUUUGUCAGGGGAAAGCAAUAGAAACUGAAUUCUGUGGUAAAAUGUUUCGGGAGGAAUCUAUUAAAAAUGAAUGGCAUGAUCGAAUUGGAAAUUCUGAGUGUCACGGAACAGUUUUAGCGAAGCCAGAAAUUAUAGCUGAUAUUGGACUGCAGUGUCGAUGUGGAUGUCGCAUUGUAUUAAAACAACAACCUUUCAGGAAAAUACUUGGAGCUAGUACUCAAGCUUGUCCUGGCCGAUCUUUUUGGCUUUUGCAGGCACAGACGGACUUUGUAGUUGGAUUACAUGUAGAUCAAUUGCAAUUUCCUUGCCCAGGGCAGUAUUUGCGUGUCCGGGAUGGAAAUUCCUUGAACGCAGAUCUUUUAAUCGAUGUUACGUUUGAUAAAAUGCAAUUUACAAAGACACUUAUCAGCACUGGGCAAAAUUUAUUAUUGGAAUUUUUCAGCGAUGAACUUACAGCAUCGGGAAAUGCUUGUAUUGGUGGUUUUCUUGCUCAUGCAGCUGUGUUAGAUAAAAAAUAUCUAAAAAGAAAUAGAAUUACUACCAUUGUGCCUUUUGAAACAAAUUCAACGAACGUUGAAGAAGAAUGGAUCUUUUGGAAACCAGCACACUUAGCAACUGCCUUGAUUUUGAUACUCAUAUUCGUAAUUUCUAUUUUCUUGACAUUACAAUUUAUUAUAAAAUAUAGGAAGUACCGCAUCGCUGAAGAUUUGGACAGUCUGAACGAUGUUUCUGAGCUAAUGCCUGAUCGAACAAAAUUUUUAUCUACAAGUACAAUUAUUUCCGAAGUUAUUUCAAUGAUAGAAACAAAUACGAAAUCUGCUCCAAAAAAUACUUUAAAUAAUACAGAAGAACACUAUCAUAGUAUUGAAACCCUGACAGGGUGCAAAGAUGAAUCUACAUUGAGUUCUAGUACAUUAAAGUUAAAUAGCACAUUGGAAAGUUCUUCUGACAAAACAAUCACAUCAGUGAAGUCAAACUGUGAUAAAUUAUUACCAGCUUCCAAUAUUCUUGUUUACCAUAAACCAGAAGUUAAAUAUGCUUAUCCUGUAAAAUUACAGACAAUAGAUUACGAUGCUUCAGAAGAAAAGAAAUUAAAACAGGAAAAUGAGAACUUGAAAAAUGAUAAAAGCAAUAGCAUUCCAAAGAUUUAUCAAACUAAUGAAAAUAAUUAUUCAGAAGGAAAAGAAUCUUCACCUGAAAGUGUUCUUUCGAGUCCAUCAAUUUUAGUAAGUGGGAAAGAAACAAAGGAAAGAAAAAAUCGCGAGAAACUUCUACAAGGUCCAGGAUCAGAAUUUAGUUUAACAAAUCCUGAUUCAGAACUUGAACUAGAUUAUUAUGAUUACAAUGUAGCAAAUGCUAGUGCUGUUCCAGGAUCUUAUUUAGGAAUGGAUCCUGCUUUUUUAGUUUGGAUUCCACCAAUUGAGGACUUAAAACUUGAUACAGAAGAUCUUCUCCUAGGAAACAAGAGGAAUUCUAUUUUGGCUCUGGAAACUGAAGGUACUGCACUAACACCUUCUGAAUAUAGAAGAAUGAAACUUUCUAGCUUUGAAGAUUUUGGAUUUGAAUUAGAACAAGGAACAAGAACAUUUGAAAAAUUACUUCCUGUGCAAAAACUAUUAGAAGAUUCUAGUAUUAAAGUAAGCACGGAAUCUGUAUCUGGUAUCUUUGAACAAAAACAAUAUUGUGUUAUUUCAAACCAAAGGAUUCGUAUAGGCAAAGAUGAGGAAUCAAGUGAAGAAUCCAAUUCCUCUAAAAACCUGCUUGGAAACCCUAUAAAUAUAUUGGAUAACGAUGAAAACAAUAAAGAAAAACUAUGUUCUGCUUCAAACAGAACGUUGCAGAAAGAUUUUUCAAAAAUCAAACAAAGUUGCAAUCAAAAACAUAUUUCUAACAAUCAGGACGAAGACAUAACAAAUAUGUCUUGCAAAUAUAAGGAAUUAAUGGAAUGCACAGAGUCAAUUACAAAUAUAAAUGAUACAGUAAAUAUUCCUAUGACAGAAUUAUCAGGGAGUCCUUUAAAAAAUUUCUCUCAAGUUCGAAAAUUAAAUAGCCGAGAUAUUGAUGUUUCUGUUCAAAAUCCAGACUACGGUAUAGAAACAUUUUGCUUGAAACAAGGAUCAUUUUAUGAUCAGAAUAUUAGAUUUGUUGACGAUGACGACGAUGAAUACAUCGAUUAGAAAUUUAAAAUUAUCCUUAUUAAUUUCUAUUAUAAUUUUUAUAAUCUUUUUAUUUUAAUAUUUUCUUUUCUAUCAUCCUUGAUAACAUGUCAAAAGUUUAAAUU